AUGCCUGCCUCUGAAUGGCUAUCCGGACUCUGGGCCCCUGGUCGACAAGCUGUAACCUGCAGGACGAAUCGAGCAUCUCCAAGACCCUCAGCUGCAGACAAUGUCUAUAAAAAGGGCAGGGAGGGAACCCAGGCAGGAGUGUCUCUCUCUCUCUCACACACAGCCUUCUUCACAAACCCCUGUGCUUUGAGCCUUCAAGAGAGUCUUUCAUUCAUAUAUCACAACAAGAAGUCCACGACCCCGAACAACGGUUCUGACGAAAACAAAAUGGUCCGCCUUCGACUCACCAACAACCAGACCGGGCACGGCGAAAACGCCGAGAUCCCCCUGCUCAACCACCAGCAGCCCAUCCGGGAGUUCUACGCGCUGGACUCGAGCGGCAAGCUCAUGAUCAACGCCGCCGAGCUGACAGCCGACUUCCAGGGCGUCGAGGUCGUCGUCACCGCGGGCGGCCAGUCGGUCGUCCUCACGACCAACCAGACCUACAGGCAAUUCACCGGUCUGGUCGACGCGGCCAAUGGCAGCAUUUUGGCGAGGAAAGCCUGA